AUGGGCCCCCGUGGGCUCCUCCUGGGCGUCCUGGGGCUGCUGCUGGCUCUGGGGGCCGUCGGGGAGCCGGGGCCGCUGCCCGAGGACGCGGCGCAGGAGCACGGCUACUACCUGCAGCAGCUCUUCGGGCAGUACGGGGCCAACGGGACGCUGCCCUUCGAGGGGCUGGCGCGGCUGCUGGGCAGCCUGGGGCUGGGCCGGGUGCAGGUGGUGCAGAUCCAGCAUGAGGAGCUGGGCCACGGCCACGUCAGCCACCUCGACCUGCUGGAGGUGCAGGAGGAGAAGCACCGGCACUGGCACCCCGCCUGGGAGCACGGCGGGGACCCGGCACCCAGCGCCCCGCCGCCCACCCGCCCCCCCAGCCCUGAGCCCUCCCAGACAAAAAGCUGGAUGAAGCCGGCGCCCACCGAUCCCCCCGGUGCCGGGGCCACCCCUGGGAGCCGCGGGGCCCCCCCGCCCCCCCGGCGGGACCAGCCCGGCCUGAGCCUGCUGGGGAGGAUGCUGGGCUUGGAGCACUCCAGUGCCGACCACCCGCACGACGAUUGCCUCAACGUCACCCAGCUGCUGGUGAAUUUUGGGCUGGACUCGGUGUCCCAGCUGACGCCGGAGCAGUUCACCCUCCUCUGCCCGGCCCUGCUCUACCAGAUCGACAGCCGCGUCUGCAUCCAGCACAGCGACGAGGUGACGCUGCCUCCCCCGGGGGGGGCCCUGUGGCCAGCACUGGGCUGGGGGCUCCUGGCCGUCACCUUCGUCAGCCUGCCCUCCGCCCUGGCCGUCGUCCUCGUCCCGCUGCUGAGCCGCAGCUUCUUCCGCUCGCUGCUGGCCUUCCUGGUGGCGCUGGCUGUGGGGACGCUCUGCGGGGACGCCCUGCUCCACCUCUGGCCCCACGCCCAGGGGAGGCACCAGGAGACGCCGGCAGAGCCGGGGGCCGCGGUGCUGCAGGGGCUGGCGGUGCUGGGGGGCAUCUACCUGCUCUUCCUGGUGGAACUGCUCCUGGGGAUGCUACGGCGGAGCCGGGAUGCCACGGGACACUCCCCUGCAGAGACCCCUGACGUGGCCGCGGGGGUCCUGGCACUGUCGCGAGGAGGGGCCGAGCUACGACACCUGACAGCACCGGAGCCAGAGCUGGAGCUCCAGCCCCACGGACACCCCCACGCACACCCCCACGGACACCCCCACGGCCCCCCCCACGGACACUCCCAUGGCCCCACGCUGCCCCCCAGCCCCGGGGCCACUGAUGUUGUCUGGAUGGUGGUGCUGGGGGACGGGAUCCACAACCUGACGGACGGGCUGGCCAUCGGUGCCGCCUUCUCCCACAGCCUCUCCAGUGGCCUCAGCACGGCGCUGGCCGUGCUCUGCCACGAGCUGCCCCACGAACUGGGUGACCUGGCGGUGCUGCUGCGGGCGGGCACGGCCCCCCGCACCGUCCUGCUCCUCAACCUGCUCUCGGCCCUGCUCUCCUGCCUGGGGGCGGCCGUGGGGGCGGCCGUAGGGCAGAGCACGUCCCAUCUCACCCCCUGGAUCCUCACCGCCACCGCCGGCAUCUUCCUCUACGUGGCCCUGGCCGACAUGCUCCCCGAGGCGCUGCGGGGUGCCGAGGGCCCCGGCGAGGGCACCUGGGGCCGCUUCCUCCUGCAGAACGCGGGGUUCCUGCUGGGCAGCGGCAUUAUGCUGGGCAUCGCCCUCGCCGAGGGACACGUCCGCGCCUGGCUGCAGCCCUGA